GAGUGGCCUUCCGCGCAAGCGAAGAGUCCCGCAGUCGGAGGCGGCGGGCUGGGCGUGCGCUCGCUGCCUGCAGCCGGGGCCGGGCCGGGGCCAGCGGGAGAGGGCGGCGGCGGCGCCGGGCAGGACACGGCAGGCGCGGGCUCUGCAGGCUGCGGAGCCCCGAUGUGAGGCGGCGGCGCCCCCGGCCGGAGCGCGCAGCAUGGGGGCCCCGCUGGCCGCGGCGCUGGGCGCCCUCCACUAUCUGGCACUUUUCCUGCAACUCGGAGGCGCCACGCGGCCCGCGGGCCAUGCGCCCUGGGACAACCACGUCUCCGGACACGCACUUUUCACAGAGACGCCCCAUGACAUGACGGCACGGACAGGCGAGGACGUGGAGAUGGCCUGCUCCUUCCGAGGCAGUGGCUCUCCAUCCUACUCACUGGAGAUCCAGUGGUGGUACCUGCGCAGCCACCGGGACUGGACUGACAAGCAGACAUGGGCCUCCAACCAGCUAAAAGCAUCUCAGCAGGAGGACUCGGGGAAGGACGCCACCAAAAUAAGUGUGGUCAAGGUGGUGGGCAGCAACAUCUCCCACAAGCUGCGGCUGUCGCGGGUGAAGCCCACUGACGAAGGCACCUACGAGUGUCGCGUGAUCGACUUCAGCGACGGCAAGGCCCGGCACCACAAGGUCAAGGCUUACUUGCGGGUGCAGCCUGGAGAGAACUCGGUGCUGCAGCUGCCUGAUGCGCCCCCCGCCGCGCCCGCGCCACCGCCCAAGCCCGGCCGGGAGCUGCGCAAGCGCUCUCUGCCCGAGGCCUGCAGCCUGUAGCCCUCCCGUCCCGCAUGCAGUCCUCCUGGCCCUGCGGCGACGGCGGCAGAGGAGUCCCGCGUGUGCUUUGCUUGCUUGCCCCCCUCCCGGCUCCGCCUCGUGCACCCCGUCCUUGCGGCCAGCCCCCUGGUGAGGAGCCGGACCGUGAGGGGCCCCAUGCUCCUGCU